AUGUUACGGGAUGCGUUCAUGUAUGCAAUGGGAGCAGGAGCAGCAGGCGCUAGUGCUGCGAUAGCUUCGAAAUUUGCUUUUGGUGAAUACACAUCCGAUACACAUGAGAAAUUCGUCCUAUCGUUAGCGGUUUUUGCGCUGAGCAACGUGUUGAUGUGGUGGUCGUACACGAAGUCGUUGUCAAUGGCUGAUUCCACGAUGCAAUGCAUGUCGGUUAAUACGGGGACAAAUUUUGCUCUAACUGGUAUUUUUGGCUACCUAUUCUUCUCGGAAACACAUUCUUUGUUCUGGUGUUUUGGUUUGAGUCUGGUGUUUGUUGGAGUAUGUUUACUUGCUGCUAACGAUAAAGAAAAGAGCGAUUAG